UACUUACAGUGAAGUGUAAUCGCUAUCAUAAUUUCAUGUACGACAGUGUAAUCACAGAAUAUAUUAUUGCGCCCUACAUGUCGCAACCGUCAGCAGGACCAGCCUCUGUGUUUAGCAGUCAGUGUCGUCCGGAAGCAACCAUGCGGAUGGUUCAUAUCCUUGCCAGCAGCCUUAUGGUAGCCGGUGUGUAUGCUACACAAAAGGACGAGAAGAAACAAAAAUGUAUGGCGGAUGAAAACGCGAAUGCCUGGGCGGCGAUAACAGGGCCAAAAGGUGGAAAAUAUUUGCUUUACAAAUCAACCUCAGAUGAUGCAAAGAGAUGCGCUUAUGUCACCGUACCUACGAGGACUUACCAGGAGUCUGCAGAUUUCACUUCAGGUUACAAGGAUGGCCCCACGUGGUACACGAGCAGCGAUUUCGUUGAGGCUGUUGGCAACAGAAUGAAAUUUACUGACAUCAGCUUUACCGCAGAAAGCAUGCGUAGAAAGAAAGAAAGAAAGGUGCAUACGUUCUUUGUGGACGAGACACCAUAGACGAGAUGCCAACUGUGUGUGCUGUCAUCGUCGUCGUCAGAGGCGGAAAGAAAGUGAAUUGCACGACAUGGUCGAAAAGAAGGCACAUCGAACCAAUGAGGUGCAGAAGUAUAUUGCACGGUCCUAUAUUUUCUGUCUAGCAUUUUAGUUUAUAUUAUCAACAUGCGCAAGUUCGUCGCUUUUUCUCGCUGCUUCUAUACUGCUCUCCGACCUAUAGAGCAGACGAAGUUAUUUGUAUUGUACCUACGCCUUUGCUCCUGAUUAGGUGCUACAAUUCUACAAAUGACGUAACAAUGGAUACAGGUAUCUGGGUGGCGGCACGUCUAGUCGCCCGUAUCCGAAGAAAAGUGCGUUUUUGUAUUAACGCUGCACCCGUAAUAAAGGAGAAGUAUUGAACAAGUACUUCUAAAUAGAAUUAUGAAGCACAGAAUAACAAUAUUACACCUAUUGCACCCGUAACUCAAUAGCUGCAGACAGGAGUUUUCACCCCCCAUAAGGCAAUAACAUUGAGAAAAUGUUCAGCUUUCCACCGUAUGUAAGGCUUGGGUUCAUGCUCUAGUGUGGAAGUAUUAACACACCUACUCCAAAGGUAAACAUUUUCAGGUGGCAGAACAAAGACUACGACUCUUCUGUACUCUGAUAACAACAACUGUCAAGUGACACGCCGUGGGGAC